ACCUAACUCGACGAUGUCAAGUUGACGAUCAAAAUAAAAUGAUUAUACCUACAUUGAGCACAUAAUCUCCAAAAUAAUGAAUAAAAAUAGCUGUGUAGGUAAAAAAUAAACUUCAUUAACAAGUGCAUGAACCACCGUUUACAAGAAUGUAGAUAACCAACAAUAAAACCAAGUAAUGUGCAUAUGUAAUAAACUAAAAUAAAAAUAGAUUGACUGUAUGUGAUAAAUAGUGAAGAAUUUGCAUCGUAACAUAAUUAAAUAUGGUGACAGUUCAUCGUUUAAGUGAUGACCCAACAGCAGCAUGGAAGGAAAUCCAAAAAACGCAGAAAGUAUUUAAAUUGAACGUUAAAAUUCCCACAAAACCUGUGGAACCGAACAAAGUUCGAUUUGUGUGCAUGAGCGACACGCAUUCUCUCAUUAGAAAUAUCAUGUUCGAUAUACCGGACGGCGAUGUUUUCAUACAUGCUGGAGAUUUUACCAAGUGUGGCCAGAGGGACGAGGUUGCGCAGUUUAACAAGUGGUUAGAAACACUGCCUCACAAACACAAAAUAGUGAUAUCAGGCAACCACGAACUAAGUUUCGACCAAAAAUUCUCAAACAUAUUCAAGAAAAAAAUGGCUUCCAGACAACAAACAAUCGAAGAACAGGUACCCAGCACCUAUGGGAAUCCCAAGGAUGAUAUUUGCGAUGCUGUCAACACAGACAAUAUUCGACAGUAUCUGACCAAUUGUAUCUAUCUGGAAGAUUCUGGGAUUGACUUGUAUGGCAUCAAAAUAUAUGGAACACCCUGGCAGCCAGAGUUUGGAGGGUGGGCGUUUAAUCUGUGUAGGGGCGUAGAAUGUCUGUCAAAAUGGAAUUUAAUACCAAACGACGUGGACAUUUUGAUAACGCACACUCCGCCACUGGGUCACGGCGAUUUGGUUUGUUCUGGAGUGAGAGCCGGCUGCGUCGAGCUGCUCUCGACAGUUCAAAACAGGCUUCAGCCCAAGUAUCACGUUUUUGGACAUAUACACGAAGGUUAUGGAGUUACAUCGGAUGGAAAGGUGGUAUUUAUAAACGCGUCGACAUGCGAUAUCAACUAUAUUCCAAACAAUUUGCCGGGAAGCUGUGAUAGAAAACAGCACCUCCGUGAAGGCAAAUAUUUCGAAUGCCAAUGCAAUCGUUGCAAAGAUCCAAGCGAGUUGGGCACAGAAUUGAGUUCCCUGAAAUGUUAUAAAUGUAUAAAGGGGUUCAUAAGACCCAUUAAACCCCACGAAGUGAAAACCAGGUGGGAGUGUGCUCGAUGCAAAACAUUUUUUGCCGAGGGACUAAUAAGAAUUACAGUCAAUGAAGGAAAAAGACUUGUACAAGAAAUUGAUACUUGUAAUAUAAGUAAAAUGGAAGAUUUGUUGAAAAAACUGCAAAGAACGUUUCAUUCCCAACACUACUUAGUUUUGGAUUUAAUACAAAAUUUGAUUGGUUUGUACGCAAGAAAUAUGCCAAACAAAAAGAACCUACGGAGGAAAGUUGAAUUGUGCCAUCAAUUACUAAGCGUUUUGGAGAAAAUCGAACCUGGAUUAUCGAGACUCAAAGCUAUAACAUUGUACGAACUACAAUCCACCGAAGUGGACCUGGCUCAUAAGGAAUACAGAUCGAAGGAAAUUUCCAUAGAGCACUUGAUAUAUCGCCUCAUCGAAGCUGAAGCUAUCCUGAAAACGGCCGCAAAAUAUUUGCUGUACGAACCACAGCAAAGUCCCGAGGGCCUAAUCGCCCAAAAUGCCCUUUCCGAGCUUAAAUUGCUCAGGCAAUCGAUUAUUAGUAUACAAAGGGAUUCGAUUGGUUUACCUCAACAGGUUAAACCUCAAGUUGGUCUGAAGAGUGAAAAUAGAAAAGUUGCCGGAAAUGCAAUUGAAAAUAAUAAUAAGGAAAAUAAAGAAGAAAAAAAAUGUGCAAAUAAUGUUGGUGAAGGGACAAAAAAGAGAAGAAAUAGAAGAAAAAAUAAAUAAAAGCACAA